UGAUCUGGCCGCUCGCAAUUGCCUGGUAGGUGCUGACAACACCGUGAAGGUCGCAGACUUUGGCCUGGCCCGGUACAUGGAGCGAGACGAGACCUAUCGAGCCCGUGAGGGUGCCAAGUUUCCCAUAAAGUGGACAGCACCGGAGGGCCUUGUCUACAACGUGUUUUCCGUGAAGUCCGACGUGUGGGCUUUUGGUGUCUUGUUGUGGGAGAUCGCCACCUACGGAGCAACACCCUAUCCUGGCGUCGAACUACAAGAUGUCUACGUUCUACUGGAAAAAGGAACCCGGAUGGAGGCUCCUCAGGGCUGUCCCGAACAAGUCUACCAGCUUAUGCUUCAAUGUAAGUCGCUGGGAAUGGUUCUGCACCAAGCUGUCACCAUAUAA